AUAUUUUUCUUCGCAAGCCUACGAGCAGGAAGGUGGUGGUGACGAUGUCAUGUCAAGUCUUCGACCUGGAGGGAGUAAAUAAUGCUGGAGAAUGUUCUGAUUUUCUCAAAAUCCAACGUAUGAAAUAUUGCGGCAGUGGUAUACCCCAGAGCAUCAUUGCCACCAACAUCACCAGGUUCAAAGUCAUUUUCAAAACCAACCAAAGGGGAAAUUAUAAGGGAUUUCAGUGUACGGUGAAGGCCACUAACCCCAACACUGACCAUUGUUCGUGCGGUAUAAGCGGCAAGACGACCUCUGUGUCAGAGAAGGUGGAGCCAGGAGAGUUUCCGUGGCAGGCUGCGCUGGUGGCAGUAAAGGAGCCUGCUACUCCCUUCUGCGGCGCCUCUGUCAUCCACGAGAGCUGGGUCCUCACCUCUGCUACCUGCGCCCACAGGAUGAAGUACAACAAGUACAAUUACGAGGUCGUGGUCGGAGGGCACAUCAUUGACGCAGCAGCGACACGGCUGGUCCACGCCCCCGUCAGGAGGAUCCUGAUCCAUCCUCGCUACCACCCAGAUGUGACUGAGAACAACGUGGCACUGUUCACCUGAAGGAGGCUCUCACCUUCAGUAGUAAUGGGGUGUUGCCGGUGUGUCUGCCUCACCCCCUCACCAACUACACCACCCACACCGCUAUCCUAGCAGGAUGGGGAGCAGAGACAGGGACGUCGCCUGUGCUGAGGAAGGUGGCAGUGAGGAUAAUGACGGAGGCAGACUGUACCCUUCUACAUCAUCGUCACACAGACAUCGUCACCGCCUUCUGCGCCGCUCCCGUCAACGCCACCCACCGCCCUCCCUGUGAGGCUGACCUGGGAGGUCCUCUAGUGGUACACGAAGGAAGCGCAGAGGGAGCUGUGGGUCGCUAUGUUCAGGUAGGAGUGGCAGCCCAUAGUGACGGAUGCAAGGUUGACAACCCCCGUCUCCCUGGUGUCUACACCGACCUUGCCCCAUUCCUUCAUUGGAUUAACAAAACUAUUGGUCCAGGCAACACUUGCCACUGAAUGAAACGUCUAGCAGUCUAUCCUCCGUCCCACCACCACCACAAGACCAGUCUAUCCUCCGUCUCACCACCACCACAAGACCAGUCUAUCAUCCGCCUCACCACCAUCACAAGACCAGUCUAUCCUCCAUCUCACCACCACCACAAGACCAGUCUAUCCUCCGUCUCACCACCACCACAAGACCAGUCUAUCCUCCGUCUCACCACCACCACAAGACCAGUCUAUCCUCCAUCUCACCACCACCACAAGACCAGUCUAUCCUCCAUCUCACCACCACCACCACAAGACCAGUCUAUCCUCCGUCUCACUACCACCACAAGACCAGUCUAUCCUCCGUCUCACCACCACCACAAGACCAGUCUAUCCCCCGUCUCACCACCACCACAAGACCAGUCUAUCCUCCGUCUCACUACCACCACAAGACCAGUCUAUCCUCCGUCUCACUACCACCACAAGACCAGUCUAUCCUCCGUCUCACCACCACCACAAGACCAGUCUAUCCUCCGUCUCACUACCACCACAAGACCAGUCUAUCCUCCGUCUCACUACCACCACAAGACCAGUCUAUCCCCCGUCUCACUACCACCACAAGACCAGUCUAUCCUCCGUCCCACCACCACCACCACAAGACCAGUCUAUCCUCCGUCUCACUACCACCACAAGACCAGUCUAUCCUCCGUCUCACCACCACCACAAGACCAGUCUAUCCUCCGUCCCACCACCACCACAAGACCAGUCUAUCCUCCGUCCCACCACCACCACAAGACCAGUCUAUCCUCCGUCUCACCACCACCACAAAACCAGUUUAUCCUCCGUCUCACCACCACCACAAGACCAGUCUAUCCUGCGUCCCACGACCACCACAAGGCCAGUCUAUCCUCCGUCUCACCACCACCACCACAAGACCAGUUUAUCCUCCGUCUCACCACCACCACAAGACCAGUCUGUCCUCCGUCCCACGACCACCACAAGACCAGUCUAUCCUCCGUCUCACCACCACCACAAGACCAGUUUAUCCUCCGUCUCACCACCACCACAACAACACCAGUCUAUCCUCCGUCUCACCACCACCACAAGACCAGUCUAUCCCCUGUCCUACAAUCAACACAAGACUCAUUCAUUCUCUGUUCCACUACAAGACACAUCUAUCCUCCCACAACCACCAACACCACACAGUCCAUCUAUCCUCCCACAACCACCAACACCACACAGUCCAUCUAUCCUCCCACAACCACCAACACCACACAGUCCAUCUAUCCUCCCUCCCACGACCACUAAUAUAAAUAUAUAUAAUAUGACCAACAUCCAGGAGUUAUAAUCCAAUAUAGUAGUAAUCCAGAACGCAGGUGGAGUGGGAUGGUAUCAUGAUACCAUCAUGAUAUCAUCAUGAUGGUAUCAUCUCAAAGUAUUUAUAUUUAAUCCAAAUUGCACAGUAGGGCGACUCUCGUAUUUAUUAAUGUUUGUAAAUCAGUAUGUUUAUUGAAGCUUAUGUACUUCGAUAUGUGAUUUUUUAUAAUUAUUCUCUCUUCUAAGUAAAUCCUCACACUUUGCCUUAUAAAUGACCUUUUUAGCUUCACAAACCUUAAUAGACUGAAAAAUAAAGAUUUUUUGAAAAAAGUCAUCAUUAUUGCCACGUGUAUUUAUGAUUGAUGAGUGAAGUAACUGUAUGUUUGUGACUGAUGACUUCAAUAACUGCAUGUGGUUGUGACUGAUGAGUGCUUGCUGUAACUACAUUUGUGAUUUAUGAACAAUACAUGUAUGUACAUUGUGUGAGUUAUAGGGGCAAUAACCCAUUUGCACAGCAAACGUCUGUGGCCUGAUAGGCAAAGCUCUCGCUUUACACGCUGAGGGUACAUAGUUCGAUUCCCGGCAAGAGUGGAAACAUUGGGCGUGUAGAUAUACAAAAGGAAUAUGAACUAGACCCUAACAGUGUUAAUAGGGGUACAUCUGGAUAUAUGUCUGGUAACUUAUUUUCACAAAUAAGAUUUCUCAACAUAUAUAGGCUGUUGUACGGUGUAUCUCUGUAUUCCUAGCUACUUCAUUCAUGUGGAGGCUAAACUCAAUAGUGGUCAUACAACGCCAGGGGAAUUUGAGAUAGAGUCGAUCCAAGGUAAGGGAGGGUUCCAAUUCUUUGAAUGAAAAGCCCUUCACACUUAUCAAGGCACCUUAACAGGCCUUUAUUCCUCGGUAAGUGGACAGUCAGGCACAAAAUGUUCAUGAGGCUAACCAUAUACUGUGCACUUAGUUUGAUCAUCCUUAAAGUAUAUGCACAUCUGCCGGAAGUACCUGCAGCCAAGCAUGUAUAUGUCGUGUCAGUUAAGCCGAUCAGGGAAGCUCAGCCAAAUUGGUCAGCCCGUUUUCUGUUAAAUUGUCAGUGUGAAAACUGUUUUUCGCAAUAACUCUUCUAAAUUCAAUCUGAGCAUAACGAAAAAAAAGUUACCAUCAUUCUUAAUGACCCUUGUUUAGCUGAUAGGCCUUAAAUUAUAUUAACCAAGCCUAAGCCUAGUUGUUACACCAGUCAGGCUAUUUAUAUAAUCGGUCUCUUAUGCAAGGUUUUGAAUAUUUUCUUAAACUACGUUUCGCUCACCAGGUGCUUUAAUAAAAUAUUCAGAACGAUGCAUAUUUUCUAGAAAUUUUCUUUUAUAUAAGUGGAAGGGAAGGAUCCACAAGAGGAAGUCUAGUGAGUCUUAUAACACUGAAUUUGACUCGUCCCGUCGAGGCGCCAGACUAGGUCAGUGCUGACAGCCUCUUGUUACCAUUCAGUAAAUGUAAGUUGCCGCUGCUAGACACUUAUUGUACGUUAUAAUUCGUAAGGUUUUAAUUAUAUGGCAGUAAUAGCGAUCUAAAUAAACGUAACCCCCUUCUAAUAGAGGAAACACCAACCUUCAGACAUGUGUGGCCUCGCACUAGGUUGGUUGACCUGUCAAAACAUCAGGAUCAGAGGUGUCAGACAGCUGAGGACCAGUAAACGUUAACAUUUCGUAGUGAUGACGUGCAUGAUCACGGAGUUAACUAAAAUAUGUGUAACGGACUUACGUUAAACCAUAUUUAAUACACGAACAUUGAACUAACGAAGUCAUAAGAUGACUAAACAUCCCUAGCGCGAGGAGACGAUAUAUUCGGUGUCACACUGGAUUAUAAUUUAACUCGUGUUACUCUCAAAGUGUACAUAAUGGUUAAGUGAAACCUUUUGAACUCGUAGAUUGAGACAAAUCAUAUCUGACUUGUCCUGAAGACGACUGCUGCAUCAGUACUAGACCUCCCACACAGGUGUCUACGAGGUAAAUCUCGUCAACUAUUUAUCAAGUCUAUGAAACAUGUCACAACAUUGUAUAGAGGUAGUUACUAGUUUACAUAGAGGUCCUACUAGGGUGGACAUCUAGAAAACAUCACACCCCUAACAGACUAUGUUCACUGACUUUUCAGAGGUAAGUAUAGUAAAAACCAGUUGUAACGACCCAAAUAUGGAAGGUAGUUAUAGGCCGUGGCUGCAAUAGUCUGGGCGUCAGAACUAAAGUGUAAUUUUCCAACAUACACUGCAUGAUGCGCUAAACCCGUGUCGGUUAUUCAGUUCUAACUGGUGGAUGUUUUAUCCUCCGUCCGCUAAUCUUGAGAUAGACGGGCUACUCUUACAGUAUGAUUGGUAUAUCCAUACCAGUCGUACUCACAUCAGUCAGCUUACAUUGUAAGUUGCUCCGUCAGUGUGCUUAUCUUCAUUCAUUUUAUCGUGUCAUUGAUCUAUUGACUGGCCAUAUUCCCAUGAUGUGUCAUAUGCUUGAUAUAUUUGCAAUGGAUGAUCUGAAACACGUGAGAAGCACGGUGCCAAAAUCACAACAGCACUAAUUUGUAAUAACUUGACUCGAUCAGCUGUGUCCUCAACGUUUGACGGUCACACUUCUUUUUCAUUUAAGUCAUUGGGUGUGAUAACUGUCGAGACUGUCAUGUGACUCGAACACCUGUAUCCACUUUUUUGCCUCUCAGAUACGCCGUUUUAAUUAUUCUUUUCGGGUUAAAGUGCUUCUUCAGCUCCCGUUUUAAUUAACUAGCUAAUGGGUGCGAUAUAAAGUCAGAUCUUACAAAAGUGUAAUGCCGUACAGAUGUCUUUAAUGAAACGUAAUUCUACACAAUUCUAGGUGAACAUAUAUGUUCAGCUGUCAGUGUUAUUAUGAAGAGGAAGACUGUUCCGUUACUUGGAUCAAGAAUCCCAGUGCAGCAUUAAGGUACCUCCUUCGAAAGGUAUGGUAGUCAAGAAUGUUUACCAACUACUUGCCUGAUGCGAAAUAUUGACUACAGACUUGUCGUUUCAUCACUCCUUGGAUCUCAUAUCACUCAUAUCACUUUCUCUGAAAAAAUAUCUCUCGACAGAUAAAUAUGUUUAUUUCGCUAAAAUACAUUCAAGUUACACUGGAUGGUUUUACAAUUUGUAUGAUUACAUGUGGGUUACAGCUUUAGGAAGACACUGUUUCGCCUAAUUGGCUAUUCAAAUAGAGCAUUAGGUAAACCCGCACUUCGUGCCAAUUUCCAACAUAAUUCGUCUCUCAACCCUUGAGUGGAGAGGACGUGUGCUGCUGCUGCCCCCUGGAGUUGUCUGGUGGCAGUAUCAUUUUCACAAACAUGGCUGGCGCCGGAUAAAUACUGUUUGCAUUGAAUUAACCAGUGGUGCUGUAACGGGGCCAUCAAUGGAGUUGCUUCUGCCUGCAAUUAUCAGAGACACCUACGGAAUAGCCAAUGAGGAGAUUUGUGGACUUGCACUGAACGGUACGAAGAGGAUUUUUGUAAAAUUUAGUUCGGCGAAUGUGUAUGAGACAGUGGUGAAUAAGUUUCAGGAAGUGGCCAUACCAGUUAAUCAUGUUGUGACGGUGAGACUGCAUGAUGUAUCCAGCUAUUACACAUGGGUUAAGAUCAGGAAUGUGCCGUUCGAGGCGGAUGCAUCUGAUAUCCGGUUCACUAUGUGUAAAUACGGCACAAUACAUACGGUCACUGCAGGAAGGUGGUCAGAUGGCCCGUAUGUGGGGAUACCUGAGGGUACAUUCUCUGUCAAGAUGACGCUCAGACAUCCUAUUCCAUCGUACGUGGUGAUGGAAGAUUUCAGGACUCGGGUUUUUGUGACAUACGCUGGGCAGCGACGCACUUGCCGUUUGUGUGGGUCGUAUGAUCACCUGGCUGCGCAAUGUGAAAGACGACGUGGUGAUAAGGACCAGCAGCAACGACGAGAUGUGGAGGAAAGGAGAGAGGAUCGAGAUCAGCCGUAUUCGACUCGGCCUCAGCAGAGUUUGACAUGGAGUGAGGAGGUUGAGAGGGCCGAAGAAAAGGAGAUGGCAGGGGCUACGCGGGGGGGACAUCACUUCCCUGGACGUUGUACUAGUGCUGGAUGAGGUCAUCGCGGAAGUGAAUGGUAGCGAUGCGGAAACGUCAACAGUGUCGACGUUUGGGAACAUUUUGGGCAAUGAGCGUCCUUGUCAGGAUGUUGGUACAGACCUGGAUCAUGGGUCUGCAGUUGAGGAGGGCGUGGUGAUGCCAGCUCGGCCUGAAGUGUGUGAUAAGGAUGCCCAGUUGGUGAGAACUGUGGAGGUGGAGGUUCAUCAUGGCACUGCGCUGGAUGACUUGAUGCAGGUCGAGGGUACGACGCGUAAGCGCGCAGCAGUGCUUUCUGAUUCCGACGACGUGCUUAUGCCCGCACAACGGCCUGGGAAGAAAACAUGGGCGGAUGCCAUGCGGAGAGGUUCAAGUGACACUCAGGGCAGGGGUUGAGUAAGUGUGCCCAGAAAGGGGGGGUAGGGAAAAGGGUGCAAUGAAACGUUCAGGUGAUAAGUCGGUAGUGUCAAGAGGGAAACCCCCUUUGUCGGUUUUAAGUGCCUGACAUUGAACAUCAAUGGCUUGAGGUCUCAGAGAAAGUGAGAGUGGUUUAGGGAAUAUUUGGUGCGUCAUGAUGUUGACGUGUUCUUGCAGGAGCACAAUUAUAGACUGGGUUAUGAGUUGAAGGUGGAUGGAUAUAAUGUGUGUGUGUUGAGCAUGCAGUCAGAUUGAAAGGAGGUGUGGCCAUUUUGGUGAAAGAAACUAGCCCGUUGGUUGUCAGGCAUAGUGAGGGGGGGAGGGGAGGGUGAUUCGUGUGGAUGGGUUAUGGGGUCAGGUACAGAUGACGUUGGUGUGUGUGUAUGGCCCGGCAGAGGGAGAUGUAAGGGUAAAGAAUAAAUUCGUGAGGGACGUUCUGGUAUAUUAUUUGCGUGGAUUGCCGGGGGUUGCUGUGAUAGGUGAUUGGAAC